UACCGGCGACGUUCGGCGAGCACCUUCGACUUGCCGCUGUCCCGGAGCCUGUGCUGGUGGAGUUGCCGUCUGUGUAAUGCGACAGGAGAGUGAAGCUGUGGCGUGACGUACGUCGUUCGAAGAUCCGCAUUGAAGUUGACAGGCACAGUUGUCCAGAGGCGCCUGAUUCUCCAAGAACAAUGAAGAAGCUUGCCACAGUAGAGCCCAUUGUUGCUCUUUAUAUUUUGGGCAAUAUGGCAGGUUCUAUCUUAAUUCAGCAGUAUAUUUAUCGUAAGAUAUGGGAGAAUGAAACCAACAGUAGCUACAUUGAGAAUGGAAAUAAUUCAAACUGCUACCAAAAUGACAGUGUCAACCCGGAACAACAGGUGGUCCAGGAAAAAUCUUCUCGCUAUUUUAUGAAUCUGAGUUUAAUAGAGUUUUUUCCUGGCCUAAUAGUUACCUUGAUAUUGGGUGGAUUCAGCGAUCGCUAUGGACGCAAACUUUUUGUCCUCCUCCCUUCAAUUGGUGCUCUAAUUAACAGCCUAGCUGAUUUAGCAGUGGCCUAUUUUUCUUGGUCUAUUUAUGUCCUUUUUCCAGCAGCAGUUCUUUCUUCAUGUUUUGGUGGUUUCCCGGCUUUAUUUGCUGGAGCAUUUGCUCAUGUGGCAGAUGUUUCUUCAAAUAAGCAGAAGAAUAUGCGCAUGGCAUUGCUCGAUAUGAUUUUAGGAGUAAUGGGUGGCAUAGGGGCACUGUCAUCUGGAUACUUUUUGAGGGCAACAGGCUUUGUUUGGCCAUUCCUGACUGUUGCCUUGAUUAAUCUGGCCAACAUUAUUUAUAUUAUUUUCUUCUUUGAAGAACAUACUCAGAUGUCAAGAAAUGAGCAAGACCAGAUAUCAUUCUGUGACAAAUUCAAACAAAUAUUAUCCAAAAUCUUAAUUAUCUUCACCAGUUCUGAUUUUAGAAAACGUAUCCAUAUCAGUCUGUUGCUUCUUGCUCUUUCAACUUUUAGUCUUGCUGAAUUUGGUGCUUUAAAACUUUAUACUCUCUAUGAAUUAAAUGUACCUCUUUGUUGGAAUGAAAUCCUGAUUGGAGCUGGUUCUGCAACUGACCUAGGCAUCUUAUUGCUGAGUUUUUGUGCAGUGACAAUAUUCUCCUAUCAUCUUCGGGAUAUAUUUAUAGUUUCUAUUGGAAUAUUUUCCUUUGUUGGAGGAAUGAUAUUGGCUUCCUUUGCCACAACUACUCUGCUCAUGUUUUUGGUGAGAUUGGUUUCUCUCUUUGCUUUCAUGCCAUACCCUGUCCUACGAUCAAUGCUAUCAAAGUCAGUAUUACCCAGUGAUCAAGGUGCCCUUUUUGCCUUGGUUUCUUGCCUUGAAAACCUAAGUGGUACCAUUUCCAACAUAAUUUUCAAUAAUGUUUAUGCUGCCACUGUCAAGCAGUUUGCUGGGUUUAGCUUUUUGCUGGCAGCUUGCUUAUGCAUCUUUCCCAUUGGAACUUUGUGUGCCCUAUUCUGGUGGAAACCUCAAGAGGAAGAGAGUACUCCACUGAUUACAGAAGAAGAUUCCAGUUAAUUCUUAUGUACUCUUUCACGUGAAUUACAAAAUUACCACAUGAUGAUUUGCCACUUUUAGAGCAUCAUUACAAUUCUGGAUAUCUACCUGUUCCUAGUUUUAAAAAAAUAUGAUAUCUUGCCUAAAGCUAUCCUCUCAAAGAUGGAAUAUACACAAAUGAUUAACUAAUCAACUUGUUUUGAAAUACUGUAAUAAACUUUCUAGAUUCUAUGCAUAAAAUGGAAUUGUUCAGCUUGGAAGCAAAAACUUCUAAUUUAUAGAAGAAUUAAAAAUGACUCUAUAUAAAUGUUUGGCAUUAGAUUCUCAUUAUGAAAUGUAAUUGUCAUACAGACAAUUAGUGCUCAAUUUGGACCUUUAUCAGCCCUGAGCUAUUUCUUGAAAUAAAACAUCUGCCAAAUUAUGAAAAUUAGGGGUAACAAUCCAGAACUACAUUUAGUUGUGUAUUUAAUAUUUCAGUAUUAUUGUAAAUAAAUUGUUUAAGCAUUCUUUCUUGUUUACUGAAUUCACUAUGGAUCAUAUGUAAAAUUACAUGAAUGGCAUACGUCAUUAUGCCACAUCAUACGUGCAUACCUCAAUAAAGUAAAAGCAAAGUGGA